GAAGACGUCUCGCUGCUGCAGCGUUAUUUGACUUUACAGACUCCUUUUAAUCUGAACGCGUGAACGAAAAAAGGGAAGCUGCAGAUUCUCGGUGAAUAUCAUUUAGUUUACAGUAUCAUCUGGGAACAUGGCUUGGGAGAAAUGUAGCUGCUAAUUCACGUUUUGACGGUUUCAAGCAUGUGACUUAGACACAUCCUUUCUGUGUUGACCUCCCGCCAAGACACUCAGCAGAAAGCAGAGCUUUGCAGUCAUCAGCUGGUGCAAGAAAACAUCCUUCCAAUGUCCCUAGCAGAGGAUUUUCUUUAUGUGCUGCGCAUCGUCCUGGAGUACUUUGGUGUUCCUCCAGACGUGCUGGUUCCAGUGUGGAAUAGUCCGCUGUGCGGUCAGUAUCGCAGCAUUGUGCGGAUGAUUGGAUCAAAUCUCCCACUGACACCGACACCACGAGUCCAGUUUCAGGUCGCUUUGCUCGGCCAUAGGCACCAUGAAUAUAUCGAGCCCAUUGUGGACACACCAGCCAUCCCUUCCUUUGCUGAUGUCAUGUGGGUGUUUGAGGAUGAGGGUGACAGCUGUGCUAAAACGAGGAACCACCUACCUCCAGUAAGGCGAAGUACUGUAAAUCAAGAUGUGAUGAGAUGUCCAGAACCAGCAUUCAUACGAGCUCAGAGAGGAGGGCCACCUGUAAGACAGACGCCUGAUCCAGAAGCUCUGAAGAAGAUCACAGCGCUGGAGAGCGAGCUGCUGAAACUGCGAGCUCAGAUUGCUUUGAUAGUUACUGCUGCUCCAGCCUCAUGUCUGGUUGAAUCCCCAAAUGAGCCUGCCUCACCUGGGAUUUCCCUUUCCCAUCCACUUCCAGCGCUCACCUCCACACCUCGCCAUGUGGCUCCUCCUCCUCCUCCACCACCACCCCCACCCCCUCCUCCUCCCUGCCCUAGCAUUUUCACUGGGUCAAAGGAAAGGAAGGAUGAGAAAGAUCUCGAUAAGGGUCACCACAGGACUAAGGAGUCAGGCUCCAGCAAGGGUUCUGAAAAUAAAGGGAUGCCCUCCAUGCUGGAUGUUCUAAAGGACUUAAAUCAUGUUAAACUGCGCUCAGUAAAGAGAUCUCCAGGGGGCACACCAGUUAAGAGGAGGCGCAGUAAAGGAGGUACGGCAUUGCUUAAUGACCCGGCAGCUCUUAUUGCUGAAGCACUGAAGAAAAAGUUCACCCAUCUCCGCCACAACACUUCCUCUGACAAAGAGAACUCCCUUGAGCUCUCACCUUUCGGCAGUCCUGAGUCACCUAAGGUUCCUCACCCCCCUCGGCGCAGUCGGGGACACCGCCACUUGUUACAUCAUUAAAGAGUGACAUCAGCAUCAACAGCUCCUACAGAUGUGCCUCACAGCGGAUUACUACUGCAGCUACUGACUUGUGUUUUUGCUUGUCCUUACUUUGUCUUAUUAUGGACUACAAUGUGCUUGUCUCUGUGUCUGUUGGGAUUUUAAAUGUGCUAACUAUGUUAAAAUGUGUAUGUUUCUAAGCUGCUGUAAACAAAGGGGUUUGUACACAAAUGUUUUGUUUUUUUCUGUCAUUGGAGUCUUAACUGUUUUAACUGUUCUUAGCAAUAUGUUUGUGCAAACCACCUUUUAAAGCAAAUAAUUUAAUGAGUUUCAGGUACGCGGUGCAGCUUGCCUGCGUUAAUGUUUCACUUUGUGAGCCCUACCUUCUUACCUCAACCAAGUGAAAUCUGUAAGAGUGGAUUCUGAGAUUCAUAUAGCUCUAUUCUAUGCAACUGUUAGCGGGAUAUUUCUAUUUUAUUAAAGAGUUAAAUUGCACUGAU